AUGUCGAUAGAACUCAGAGAAGGCCUCUCUGCAAAGGUGGCAACAUGUGAUAAAGUAAUUCAUAAUUUUUCUUCAGCAUAUCACUGUGGUCAAUGUACAGAGGGCUGGUUCAAAUAUUCUGGCAAUUGUUAUUAUACUGGUAAGGAAUUAAAAACUUGGAAUGAGAGUUUGAUGGCCUGUGCUUCUAAGAACUCCACUCUGCUUUACAUAGAUAGUGAAGAAGAAAUGUGGGUGUCAAUAAAAGGCUCAACUUUCAAACUAAAAAUAGUUGAAAUAAAAUCAGGUAAACGUAAUUGUGCUGAGCUAUCAUCCUCUCUUAGACUUCAAUCAGACGGAUGUGGAUCUUCAAAAUUUUAUAUCUGUAAGCAUAAGCUUUAG